AUGGGCACUGGCUCGAGUUUGACUACUGAUAAACCAAGCACGAAAACCAGUAGCUGGACAGAAGUCAGUGAUUCAAUUGAUGACAAUGAUGCAGCUGCUCUCGAGGAGUUGCGGUGGAGUUUGACAGACAGUUCACUUCAAGUACCAGUGGAACGCAGAAGGUCUGCUGAAACUAAGGCUGAGGUGGUAUCAACCCCAGACUCCUUCAUCUCACGAGCUCCCCUAUCUCUCUCUUUGCCAGUUCUCAGCCCACCAGGGAUACACACCCGUAGACGAGCUGGACACGCAAGCAUUGCAACUGCCAGUACGACCAGCACAGACAUCUCAAUGCUUUUGCAGUCCAUCAGCAACAGAAGCUCCACUCAACUUAGCGAUGCCGAUGUUCGGGCCAUCAGUACCCUUUGGCUUAGUGAUGCAUUGAGUGCGGAUGAUCUCUCCCACAUUCUGAGGAGUCAGUUCCACAUUAGUGAGGAAUUUGUGCGCUGCUUGAUCCAUGUGCACCAGGCCUGGAUGGAGGAUGGCCACUAG